AUGCAGUUAAUUAGUGGGUUUAAACUGUCCUACGUCGUCAAACCGGUUGACCCAUCAGAAGGCGACUUUGAAAGUAACGAUGACGGAAUUUGUGGUCGAUCAACGUACCCAGGAUUAACGCCUAGCCUUCCAAAAACAGCGGGAAACGGUCAAGUUUCAAAAGCUACCGUAAAUGUUCCCAACUCUGCUUCUAAAUCACACUUGGGUUUUUCUCCAAUAGCCAGUUGUACAUUCCGUGCGGAAAAAAUCACGAAAUUGUUGAUCGGGGCUCACGACAUUAGCGCGUUACACGAAGAACUCCCUCGUAUCGUGGUGAACGUGAGAAAAGAGGAUAUUUUCGCACAUCCCAAGUAUUAUGAAGAUCUUCUCAUUAUAAACCAUGACAUUGCCAUUAUUCGUCUUCCCGACAAGCUCACAUUUGCCGACAACAUACGACCAGUGUGUCUACCAAAUCGGAAAUAUUUAGCAGAAACUUUUGAGGGUGCGAAACCCACAAAAUCCCGGGGUGGCGAACCCUGCUUGAAACGAGCUGAUCAUGGAAUGCCAAGUUCUGUCCUGCAGAAGACUAAUUUAACCAUGUUGGGUAACCCAGCUUGUAAAGAGUUCCUAUACAUUAACGGAAACAAUAUUUGUGCCGGGACGACGCGAACCCAGUCAGCAUGCGAUGGUGAUAACGGCGGUCCCAUGAUGAUCCGCGAAGGAGAUGACCUCCUCCGAUACACCGCCGUGGGAAUAUUUUCUUACGGCGGUUCCAUUUGUGAGGGUGGAUACAACCUGGUGUUUACGAGGAUUACGGCUUUUAUGGAUUAUAUUUCUAAGAUUACUGGAAGGAAACUUUAA